CCCCGCCGCCGGAAAUGUCGCAGGUUUGAUUCCGGCUUGACUCCGCUGGUCCACGGCUGUACACCGAACUUGCAGAUUAAACUCCGGAGCUGAGCCGGUGACCGGAGACUCCGGAGCAGGAGACGGAGCGAGCACCGGAGACAUGUCCGCCGGUUUAACUCCACUUUACCCGAGUUUCACACGCCGACCCGCCGCUGUCCGCGCCACCGAGCCCGGGUCCGUGUGAGGGACCGAGACGCAAGUUGAACCGGAGAAAAACAGGUUUAACGUUUCCCGGUGUGUUUGUACCGCCAUGAUCCAGCUGCGCCUCCUCCCCGCCGCCGGACUCCAGCUCCUGAAGCGGGCUGCGACCCCCCCGCUGCCCCGGGGGCUGCUGCUGCUGCCGCCGGGGGCAGGGCGCCACGAGCCGGGCCGCCGCAUGGGGACACACGGGAGGAGCGAGCCCGGGGAACCGCUCAACUCCCCGAAGAGAGCCAAGGAGUUCAUCUACGGCCUCCAGCCCCCGGAGAGGACGUGUCUGCUCCGGGAGCUGCAGAGCUUCGAGUCCAUGGCCAUCGCUCAAGAGAGCCUCGAGCCCUCGCCGCUGACUUCAGAUCAGGUCAGAUAUGUUCUGUUCCACAACGCCAUCCCCUUCGUUGGAUUUGGUUUCCUUGAUAACGCCAUCAUGAUCGCAGCAGGAACGCAGAUCGAGCUCUCCAUCGGAGUCACUCUGGGCAUCUCCACCAUGGCAGCUGCCGCUCUGGGGAACCUGGUCUCAGAUCUGGCAGGUCUCGGUCUUGCAGGUUAUGUGGAGGCUCUGGCCACCAGACUGGGGAUGCAGGUUCCCGACAUGACGCCCAAGCAGGCGGACAUGUGGCAGACCAGGGUCAGCUCGCACAUGGGUAAAGCCAUCGGCGUCACCAUCGGUUGCAUUCUGGGGAUGUUCCCGCUCUUUUUCCUGGAUGACGAGAAGGAGAAGGAGAAGAAGGAGAAGAAGAAGAAGGAGAAGGAGGAGAGGGACGCACAAGCCUGCGGAGACGCCACGUCCUCCUAACGAGUCUCCACAGCUGCACCUACAAACUGCUGAAGUCGACUCUAAAGAGUAUUUACAGUUUGAUGUUUCUCCGUCCGGCUGCACUGAAAUCUGAUGAUGAUAUUUAGUUUCCUGUGGCAUUUUCUCCAUCUCACUAAAAUCCAUUCUCCUAUAAAUCCAGUUUGGACGAGGGAACAGUGACGUGUGUUUGAUUCCCUCAUCGAUUCUUCAUAUUUAUCUCGUCAGACCUCACGUGUUAACUCCUGCUGUGGCUCGGUGGUCCAGUGGGUUGAUGUGAGGAAUCGAUGACGUGUAGCUGCUGUGGCCGUGAGACACGCGCUCGCCUGUUCCACUCGACUUCUUUCUACACGUCAGCGUCAGAAACACAAACUCUACAUACAAACCGACUGUUCAAACACUAUUUAAAGGUUUCAUCGUUUUUACUUAUUUUCUAUUUGAUCAUUGUUUUGUUUUUUAUAUAUAUACACAUUUGAAGACAUCUCUUAAACACUAUCUGUUCAAUUUGUGUCAAAAACAGUCAAAGGUCUCUUUAUUAUUUCAGCUGAAUCUCUAAACCGCCACAAAUAAAUGUCAGAACCAGUCGGAACAGAAUCAUCUGCUACCUCGAGAAAUGCGUCGGUUGCGUUGCAUGAAGAACUGAUGAAGCUCUACAAUCAUCAGACCUUUUAUUUCUGCAUCAGAUGUUUUUUUUAAAUGUUGUUUAAGUGUCGAAUAACAAAGGAGACGUUGGAAAGUACUUCCUCUACACUCGUGUUUUCUGUAUCUGUUUUUAUUUUCUCACACAGACACUUAGGUCCAAUUCUUUAAAAGCUUUUGUUUGUGACUCGAAGCUUCGGUCGGUUGAGAUACAUUAUAUUAUAUAUUAUAUUACAUCUCCAAAUCAAGACUAACUAAUGAUUGAGUUGUUUUCUAAUUUGCUGAUAAAAUUAUUAAUGCAUCAGUUGUUGAUUAUUGAAAUUUCCACAGAGCCCAAGUCAAUUUAUCUCGUAUUUUCCAACCAAACUGAAAUAUAUUCAACAAUAAUAUAGAAGAGCAAAUCUUCAUAUUUUCAAAGUUUUAUAUGGAUGAUGUCACAACUGUUCAUUUAGUUUAUUUACUUGAUUGGUUUGAAAUUGUACUGAAGAAGUUCUGAAUUAUUUAAGUUUGAAAAGUUGCCAGAACUUGAGAUAGUUUUUUUUUUCUGGUUUUAAAUCCUAUAAUUAUUGCGAUGCUGUUUGUAACCAUGGAAACCUGAAUUUGUAUGUUCGUGCCUCAUCUCAUGUUUUUAUUUCUUUUGCUCUUCAUGACGAUAUUUUCGCACAAUUUCAUCCUCUGGAGGCAAAAUGAGAAAAAUGAUUUAUAGUAAAAGAUCAAAGUGUCAAAGGAAUGUUGUUGUGCUGCCCCCUUGUGGACACUGAAGCAGCAGCACUGAUACGUGUGUUUGAAGUUUGUUUUACAUUAUGUGCAAUUGACAACAUGACAAUAAAUCUGGGUGGUAUUUACCUCUG